AUGGCAGACUGGCAAACUCAACCUCAAGCUGCUCUUGAAAGCAAACAGGUCAGCUGGGAAGCCCUUUGCCUUUGCUGGGCUGGACAGCCCUUGUUACCAUUGUUGGGCUGGAUAGCCCUUGAAUUGGGCUGGACAGCUCGUGUUAUCAUUAAGUUCAGCAUAGGAAAGCUGUCAGCCAUAGAAGUGCAGGAGCUUGCUUCAGCAGCAGUUAAGAGUGGGCUGGAGAGCCAGUGUGUGGGGAAGUUGGCUGAGCUUGGGGCUUGUGGGCAUUCACCUGGCAAUUGCCACAGAGACUUGGUGAGAAAGUAUUUUCGCUUUCUAGAAGCUCCAGAUCCCUGGGAGGUGUAUGGCCCCCUGGCUGUGAAGAAGGGUGGCCAUAGAGUAGAGCAGGUGACUGCCAUUCACCUCCUGCUACCUCACCACUGGGUCCUUCAGGCUGAAGAGAACAACUUCUUGAAGAGUUUGUGCUGCAAGGAUGAAGAAUUAGUUGCUUUCUGGAAGAGCCAAUCUUCAUGCCCCCAGAUGACAGCUGAGCUGAAGAAAGUGAUUGAAACAUCACAACCAAGCCAGCUUCCAGUGCCAUACCUUUUGCAUGGAGAUGCAGCGCCCUUCACAGAGGUGGACAGCAUCCAGGCAGUGACCCAGAGCCAGAUGCUAAUCGCAGCUGUGCCCAAGGCUGCCAUGACCAAGGAGACCCCCAAGAAGCUGAUGGAAGUUUUGGUCUUGGAAAGUGCUGCAGGGAUGCCCACAGAGAAAUACAAGGGGAAGAGAAUGAGGAGGGGAGUGCUAUGGUCAGUGAGUGGAGAUUUAGAAUGGUUUGCAGCUGAGUUUGGUUUCCCUUAUGCUGCAGCCAACCUUCUCUGCCCCUAUUGCAAUGCAGACCAAUGCAAAGAAGACAGCCCCAGGCUUUUCACAGAUUUCAGGCAAACCGCAGCCUGGAGAGCCAGUGUGCUGUCACCGAGCAAAUUCAAGGAGAAGUUUGGAGCACACCCACUCUUCAGAGCUCCAUGUGUGACCCCUUUGUCCAUUAGGCUGGACAUUUUGCACAUCCUGGACCUUGGUGUAGCAGCAUAUGCACAUGGAUCUUUGCUUUUUAGCAUCAUGGAGAAGCUAACCAACCUGAACAAGAAGAUAGUGGAAGCCUAUGACAAGCUGGGGGUGGCAGCCCAAAAGAGGAUCAAGCACCUGUCUUUGUCAGACCUGGCUGAGAGUGCAGAAGAAUACCCUUGCCUCAAGCACAUCAAAGGAGCUAAAAUUCGCUAUUUUGCCCCAGUAGCUUUGGAGCUGGCCAAGGAGUACAGCAUGGACAAGGCUGGGAAGCACAGGGAAGCAUUGGCAAAGCAGUUGGUCAAGGCAUACCAAGUCUUAGAGUGCAGCUGGCAAGAAUGGCGGUUUGAAACUUUCAAGAAGGCAGUGGAUGAUUUCAUGGCCCACUACAGCUGGCUGGCAGCCAAUGCCUUGGAGGAAGGCUUGCACCUUUGGAGUUUAGUGCAGAAAUCCCAUGUUUUGCUCCAUUUAGCAGAGCAAAGCAAAUUCAUGCACCCCAGCCUGAACUGGACAUAUGGGAGUGAAUCUUUCAUGGGCUGGAUAGUCCAAAUCGCUUCAAGCUGCACAAGUGGCACUCCAGCUGAGAAGCUUCCCUUGAAGGCCUUGCAAAAAUUCAGGCUUCUGUUUCACCUUUACCUGAAAGGGUACAUCUCGCUGGAUGAUGAUGAUGGGAGGCUGAGGAGACAGCUGACCCAGAGCUUUGGGCUGCAGGCUGGAGGCUGGACCCAAAUGAGGAUAGCCAAGUCAUGGUGCCCCCACCAGAAGAAGAUGAGCAAGGAGAAGAUGGGCAAGGAGAUGGGCAAGGAGAAGAAAGCCUACAAAGAGAAGAAGAAAGGAAAGUUUGCCAAGCCUCAAAGCUGCAAAGCCUCUUUGGCGCUUCGCGCCUCAAAGCUUCAAAGCCUCAAAGCUGCAAAGCCUCUUUGGCGCCUCACGCCUCAAAGCCUCAAAGCUCCAAAGCCUCUCUGGCCAGCAGCAGCAGCAGGCUUCAAGAGGCCAGCUGCCAAGGCAGAGGAAGAGGAUACACCUGAGGGUGCUCACCAGCCACUCACAGCUCAAGCAGUCAAGGACCACAACAAGUUUUGUGAGGAGGCAGCCCAAAUGUCCAGUUCUCAGUUUGAGAAGGCAUUGAGCUGCUUAGAUGAGAAGGCUGCAAUGAGGUUGUGGAAGGCUUUUGAAAAGCCCAGGAAAAGCUCUGGGGCCCAGGAGGAGUACAAAGCCACCACCAGUGAGUCAGUGGGAAGCCUUGCCAAGAAGCGAAAACUUCUGUUUGGCUGGGUGUGUGAUGGGCAGACCACAGGUGAACACUACAAGGCAAUGGUGGACAAGGUCUCUUUGAAGAAAAGUGAAGGAGUCACCAGCACCUGGCUCACAAAGGCCCAGGCACUGGCACACUGGGGGAAAGAAGAGUUGCAGGAGAGGGUGGCUUCUGGAAGUAUAGUUGCCAGGAAGGAUCCAGCAGAUCCCAAUUACUGGCAGUUCAGGGCCAACACUGAGCAGUCUCAGGUGAAUGUGACCAGGGAACAAGCUUUCACUUUUGAGAAGAAGAACAAGAGCAACCUGAAGGAGCUGGAGCAGGUAAUGAGGAGCAAGGGCUUAGAGAAGCUCACAGAAGCAGACUUCUGUGCCCCAAGUGAAGAGAGUGGUGAAGACAGUGAUGGGCUGCCAGCUGGCCUCUCUAAGGCUUUGGGCACCAAGUCUGACAAGAGCAAGAAGGAGAAGAAGGAGAAAAAAGAGAAGAAAGAAGGCAAGAAGGACAAGUGGGAGGAGAUGAGCACUGUGCAGGAGGAAGAUGGCCAAGCACAACUCCUCAACAGGCUGAUGGCUUUCAAGGUGGAGCUCACCAAGGACUUGGCAACCUUGGAUGGCUUGUGCCACUCUAAGGACAUGCCCAAGGCACUCCUGAAGGAUGUUGCCAAGACCCAGAAGGAAGGCCAAGAGGUUUUGACCUUGGUGGGGAAGCUCCACAAAGAUAAGGGCAAGAAGAAGGAGGUGGUCCCAGCCUUGCAGAAGGCCUUUGCUGUGCUGAAAAAGCUGAAAGCUAAUUGUGGAGAAAUGGACCCAUGUCCUUUGUGGGUGCUGUUGCUCAAGAAGUUCAGCAUAGGAAAGCUGUCAGCCAUAGAAGUGCAGGAGCUUGCUUCAGCAGCAGUUAAGAGUGGGCUGGAGAGCCAGUGUGUGGGGAAGUUGGCUGAGCUUGGGGCUUGUGGGCAUUCACCUGGCAAUUGCCACAGAGACUUGGUGAGAAAGUAUUUUCGCUUUCUAGAAGCUCCAGAUCCCUGGGAGGUGUAUGGCCCCCUGGCUGUGAAGAAGGGUGGCCAUAGAGUAGAGCAGGUGACUGCCAUUCACCUCCUGCUACCUCACCACUGGGUCCUUCAGGCUGAAGAGAACAACUUCUUGAAGAGUUUGUGCUGCAAGGAUGAAGAAUUAGUUGCUUUCUGGAAGAGCCAAUCUUCAUGCCCCCAGAUGACAGCUGAGCUGAAGAAAGUGAUUGAAACAUCACAACCAAGCCAGCUUCCAGUGCCAUACCUUUUGCAUGGAGAUGCAGCGCCCUUCACAGAGGUGGACAGCAUCCAGGUGCUCAGCUUCAGGUGCUUGCUUUCCAGCAAGGCAGUGACCCAGAGCCAGAUGCUAAUCGCAGCUGUGCCCAAGGCUGCCAUGACCAAGGAGACCCCCAAGAAGCUGAUGGAAGUUUUGGUCUUGGAAAGUGCUGUGGGAUGGUGUGGGAUGCCCACAGAGAAAUACAAGGGGAAGAGAAUGAGGAGGGGAGUGCUAUGGUCAGUGAGUGGAGAUUUAGAAUGGUUUGCAGCUGAGUUUGGUUUCCCUUAUGCUGCAGCCAACCUUCUCUGCCCCUAUUGCAAUGCAGACCAAUGCAAAGAAGACAGCCCCAGGCCUUUCACAGAUUUCAGGCAAACCGCAGCCUGGAGAGCCAGUGUGCUGUCACCGAGCAAAUUCAAGGAGAAGUUUGGAGCACACCCACUCUUCAGAGCUCCAUGUGUGACCCCUUUGUCCAUUAGGCUGGACAUUUUGCACAUCCUGGACCUCGGUGUAGCAGCAUAUGCACAUGGAUCUUUGCUUUUUAGCAUCAUGGAGAAGCUAACCAACCUGAACAAGAAGAUAGUGGAAGCCUAUGACAAGCUGGGGGUGGCAGCCCAAAAGAGGAUCAAGCACCUGUCUUUGUCAGACCUGGCUGAGAGUGCAGAAGAAUACCCUUGCCUCAAGCACAUCAAAGGAGCUAAAAUUCGCUAUUUUGCCCCAGUAGCUUUGGAGCUGGCCAAGGAGUACAGCAUGGACAAGGCUGGGAAGCACAGGGAAGCAUUGGCAAAGCAGUUGGUCAAGGCAUACCAAGUCUUAGAGUGCAGCUGGCAAGAAUGGCGGUUUGAAACUUUCAAGAAGGCAGUGGAUGAUUUCAUGGCCCACUACAGCUGGCUGGCAGCCAAUGCCUUGGAGGAAGGCUUGCACCUUUGGAGUUUAGUGCAGAAAUCCCAUGUUUUGCUCCAUUUAGCAGAGCAAAGCAAAUUCAUGCACCCCAGCCUGAACUGGACAUAUGGGAGUGAAUCUUUCAUGGGCUGGAUAGUCCAAAUCGCUUCAAGCUGCACAAGUGGCACUCCAGCUGAGAAGCUUCCCUUGAAGGCCUUGCAAAAAUUCAGGCUUCUGUUUCACCUUUACCUGAAAGGGUACAUCUCGCUGGAUGAUGAUGAUGGGAGGUGA